UUUCGAGUGCAGAUAGUGUAACAAAAUGCCUCGCGAAAGAACAGACCGGUGAGACCAGCCGUUUAUGACAUGUAUUUGUGAUUACUUUUCUCGCAUUUAUCCUUAUUAUUAAAAUGUCAUUGCACUAUAAAUACGGAUGUACAUUAAGUUACGUAAAACAUUGUGAAAAACGUCACUGCCGAUUAAUGGAACUUACGAUCUCGAUACGUCAAGAGCCAAUUGCCGGUGUACUUUGACCCCUCUGGCUUGCCCAACGAGUUUUAGUAGCUGUGAUUUCCUCGAUACCCUUUUGACGGACUUUCAAUUACACAAUAAUCAUGUCGGACAGCGUUAGCCCUGUUAAAUAUUUCUUAAGCGGCGGUUUCGGAGGGGUGUGCACCGUGGUGGCUGGCCAUCCUCUGGACACCAUAAAGGUACGGCUCCAGACGAUGCCAGUGCCAGGACCUAACGAAUUGCCUCUGUACUCCGGCACAUGGGACUGUGCUAAGAAAACAGUCACGAAAGAGGGAAUACGUGGCUUAUAUAAGGGCAUGGGCGCGCCGUUAUCCGGCGUAGCGCCGAUAUUCGCCAUAAGCUUCUUCGGAUACAGCGUUGGAAAGAAGCUGCAGCAGAGAGUUUCGGACGAGAAACUCACGACGUUGCAAUUGUUCUACGCUGGCGCAUUUAGCGGUAUAUUCACGACCGUGAUAAUGGCGCCCGGUGAGCGUAUCAAGUGUCUGUUGCAAAUACAGCAUGCGGACGCGAAGCCGAAGUACAACGGGCCUCUGGAUUGCGCGAAGCAGUUGUAUCGAGAAGGGGGCAUCAGAAGCAUCUAUAAAGGCACCUGUGCCACAUUGUUGAGAGAUAUUCCAGCUAGCGGAAUGUACUUUAUGACAUACGAAUAUCUGAAGGACCAAUUUACUCCAGAAGGAGGGAAGCUUAGCUUACUGGCUACCAUAACGGCUGGCGGCUGUGCGGGUAUUGCAAAUUGGCUGGUGGGGAUGCCACCUGAUAUCCUCAAGAGUCGCCUGCAGACUGCACCAGAAGGCACGUAUAAAAAGGGGAUACGCGAGGUAUUUGUUAAAUUGAUGAAAAACGAGGGACCAACGGCGCUUUACAAGGGUGUCGUACCCGUUAUGCUGCGAGCUUUUCCUGCAAACGCGGCCUGUUUUAUGGGCUUCGAAAUUUGCAUGAAAUUCUUGAACUGGACCGCGCCGAGUUUGUAACUUAAAGCCGCGCCAUGUAAUUAUAGAAUUUUCGAAAAAUGUUCUGCCUCUCGGUAUCCGUUGCUCCCCUUACACCACGAUUCAUACUCGAUAGAUGCAAAGCGAUUAAUUUUACCGCGACAGAAAUAGAUUACAUUUAUUCUUGCCUCGCAGCUAUCUUGAGAAUGAAUCUCAAGCUGAUGGUACACAUAAAGUGUUACGUGUUUAGUAUUUCGAAAUGCAAAGUAAGAUAGUCAUCCUAUGCGAAUGGAGUCUGCAUUCGAAAGCCAGACUUUUUUAAAUUCUGUCACAUAUGUAUGUAUGUAUGUACUACGUAAGAAGCAAACAAAUGAAAGUAUGACAUCAGGGUAUAGCAUAUACAGCCUUAGCCGUAAGUAUAAAGUAUUUUCACAAAUUGACGAUAAACGCUGUGUAAUUAACGAAAAAGAAAUUAGAAGUUUUAUUAAAAAAUAGUUAUUUUUAUUAAAACUUUAAUAUUUUAUUAGUCCUCUUUUAACUUUUAUUAUCGCCUUUAAAAAAAAUCGAAUUUAUAUUUAUGACCAAGGUUGUACUUUUGCAGAACUUGUUGUUUUGUAAAGAGUUUCAAAUAUAUAUAUGUUAUACAUUGUAAACAUAUACAUCGCGAGUCGUGAUAUUAAUAAUUCUUAAGAUACGUAUUGACGUAAAGACUGCUCAGUAGCUUUGCUAUAUGUGCAAAUUUUAAUAUCACAAAUGUAAUUGUGUAUUAUACAGUUUGAAUAUAAAACUUUAUUAACAUAACAGUAUAUAUACAUAUUAGUUACAUUCGCAUAUUGUACACUGUAUCGUUUAUUAAGGAAUUUACAAUCAGGACUUUAAUGGGCUAAUUACCUCUGUAAUAUACUUUAUGUACAAGAUUUUUUCUGAGGAAGAUCGUACAUAAUAUACAUAUAUAACGAACAAAAUGAAAAUCUGUAUACAUAAAUAUAAGUAAAUAAUUAGUUUUCUGGGAAAAUGUAUUGACGCACAAAAUAAAAUUUUCUAUUCUGUUA